AUGUGCGACUACCAUCAUGGCUCUCUUUCCAGCUUUUGCUGAUCUAGAGAGUGACAAAGUUGAAGAUCCGUCAAAAGAAUUGAACUGGCUGAAUAAUAAGAGUUUCCAGUCUGGUGAUGCCCUUACUCUUCACAGUCGUUUUUUUGAGAAGACCAGUGAGAGGCGGAACGAGAAAGAUUCAAGAGAUGUGAGCUCUGCAGAGGAGGAGGAGGAGAAGGAGGAGGGUGAUUUGCCACAGAAAAAGAAGAAAAAAAAGAGUGAAAAGAAGAGGAAAAAGAAGAAAAAACACAAAAAGAAGAGUGGAAGAUAUUCGGAUAGCAGUGGGACGGACUCAGAAACGGUUUUCCCCAGUGACCUCAAAAAGAAACAAGAGUCCGAUAGUCCCCAGGCGGCUCCGUUAGCAAGCUGCUUCUCCUGGUUAGAUGACCUCAAGUCACCCACGGAGCAGCCGUUCUGUGUGGACCGUAAAGCCGACCCAGCCAACUGGACGUACAAGUCCUUGUACAGAGGGGACGUAGCCAGGUAUAGGAGGAAAGGCAGCUCAUCCUUGGGCCUGGACCCCCGCAGACAGGGAGUCAGCUGGGAGGAGUCAAAUAAGAAACAGAAAGGUGGAGACAAGAAGAAAGCAGCAGACAGAUACUUCUCCUCAGUCAGUCGCCAGCUGCUGAGGUCCGAGCCCCCUGCUCACACAUUACCUAGGGUUCCUGAGUGCGGCAAGGCCAACAGCCCCACCUCCUUCCUCCCGCUGGUUGACGAUGUGGGUAACAAAGAAGGAGAGACGGGUGUCAGAGUGCAGACAUGUUCGGUCAACCCUCUGGGUGUGUAUGACUCCUCCACGGCCCUCUGGCUGCAGGGGAAGGGAAAGCAGGAGCAGACAGAGCAGCAGCGGCAGCAGCAGGACAGCGAGGCCGGGCAGAGCGAAGUGCCGUUGGCCGGGAGGACUGAAGAGUUUAACCGGCGGCUCAGAGAGCAGCCAGCAGACGCUCAGCUGUGGAUUCAAUUCAUACGAUACCAGGAUGAGCUGACUGCGACAGAGUUCGGAGGCGAGGAGGAGCAACGGGGCGGCGACGUGGCCGAGCGGUCUAAGUCUUCUUACAGAGCGGUCCUGGAGAAGAAGCUGAGCAUCGCCGAGCGCGCAGUGGCCACCAACCACGGCUGCGUAGCUCUGCAGCUGGAGAGGCUCAGGAUCUGCCAAGAGCUUUGGGAGCCCUCUCUUCUGGCUAAAGAAUGGAAGAAACUGGUGUUCCUCCACCCGAACAGUGCCCCCUUGUGGAGGGAGUAUCUGCUGUUUGCCCAGAGCUACUUCAGCAACUUCACCGUGUCGAAGGUCAACGCCGCGUACGGGAAGUGCCUGAGCACGCUCAGUGCGGUGCGCGAUGGCAGCAUGGUCUCUCACCCGGCCCUGCCAGGGCUUGAAGAGGAUAUGUUGGAUAUCUUCACCCAGCAGUGUCAUUUCCUGCGUCAGUCUGGUCACUCUGAGAAGGCGGUUUCUCUCUUUCAGGCUAUGAUCGACUUCACUUUCUACAAACCAGACAGUGUACGAAAACUGUCCACCAAGCAGCAGGCUGAGUUCUUUGAGCCGUUCUGGGACAGCGGGGAGGAGAGGGUUGGAGAGUUGGGUGCCAGAGGCUGGAAAGCCUGGAUGCUCCAGCAGGAGCGAGGAGGGUGGCUACAGCCCAGUGUAGAGGAAGAAGAAGAGGAGGAAGAGGACGAGGAGGAGGUGAAGGAUCGGAGCCAGCCCAGAUGGACGGUCUGGUUGGAAGUGGAGCCGUCUCGUGAAGCAGCUCACUGGCUGCCCUGGAGGCCCGACAAGGCCAAGGGGCAGUCGGAAGUGGAUUGUGAGGACCCGGACAGACAGGUGUUGUUCGAUGACAUCGGCCCAUCCCUGAUCUGUCUGUCUUCACCGGAGCUCCAGCUCCGUCUUCUUCUCCGUUUCGUCUCCUUCUUGGGGCUGCCUGUGGACUCUGUGCUCUCUGCUGACCCCUGUCAGCCGGGCCUGCUGCUGGAGAACCUUUCUCUGUUCACUCAGGGUAAUGACCUCAAACGUCCUCUGACCUCACACAACCUACCUGACCCUGGGAUCAACUCUGUGGGUCACACGACCACUCUCCAGGGAACGAGGAAGUGGGUGGGGCUUGGGAAGCAGGGCGAGAGGUUUGUCACCAAUGUCUUCAGAGGGGUCCAACCUGUCCUUCCUGCCCACCACCGUGCCACUCUGUCACUCAGCUGGAUGCAGUACGAGAGACUCAAGGUCUUGCGCUGCUUGCAUGGCGGCAACAAAAAGCGUCUGCGCUCUCAGGGCAAGAGCAGCAAGCGGGUUGCCAAGCAACUCCUCAAAGAACCCGACAACCGCUCGUCGUUGGUGCUGUGGCAGGAGUACGGCCACCUGGAGUGGAUGCUGGGCAACCUCGAGGAGGCUCGCAAAGUCUUCUCAACGGCCACGGAGAUAGUCGGAACCCAAGGGCUGAAGAGCCCCGCCCUCUGCGAGCUGUGUUUGCUGUGGGCCCAGCUGGAGGUGGAGGACGGCUCGAGUGUGCGAGGGGGGGGGCUAGCAGAUGUCACCGUGUCCCCAGGGGUCUGCAUACUAACCAGGCUAGCAGAGGGGACCUCGUCCUCCUCCAUGUCCCUCACUCCGGUUUCUGUCCUGAAAGCCAGGAAGUCGUAUGAGCAGGCUCUGACUGCCGGCCUGGCAGCUCUGAACCAAAGCCCCCCCAACCCUCCAAACGACACAAAAGGUCACGAGGACCUGCUAGGAGAGAAGCUGAGGCUGAGAGGCCUGAUAAGCUGCUACGCUCUCUUCCAGUACCUCACGGUGGGCAUCAAAGCCGCCAACUCCGUCUACAGUGAGGCCCGGGAGAGGACGGACGAGCUGCACCGCGCACUGACUCAGCUCAACCGCAAGGAGGAAGCCAACCUUGCCAGCACCGGUGCCAGCCAGGCUGAGGACUCCAGCCAUAGGCGCAGGCGCUAUGUUAACAGGCUGGCCUCGGAGUGUGAGGCAUUAGCUGUGCAGCAGGUGGCGUUGCUUAGGUACCACAACAGCGUCAGUGUGUUUCCACUGGCGACACUGAGACAAACGCUGACCUCCGCCCUCGCCGCCUGGCCGACUAGCGCCCGGCUCUGGAGCAUUUAUAUACAGGUGGAGAACCGUUACCAUAGUGCUGGUCGGGCGCGCCGCUUCUUUCAUUCUGUAACCAGGGACAACAGCAGCGUGGUGCCACGCCUCUUUGCUAUUGUUGCAGAACAACAGAGGAAGCAGCUGGUGGAUGCUGCUCAGAGGUCAUGUGGCCAUGAUGCAGCCUUGCCCAUCUUGCCAGAGAAUGGCCUCAGCAACCGUAUCCGUGGAUUGUUUGAAAACGCCAUAGCAACAGAGAUGGGGUCUCACUGUCCUUUACUUUGGAGGAUGUACAUGUACUUCCUGGUGUCGGAAGGGAAGGUGGAUAAAGCCACAGGGAUCUUCUACAAGGCCUUACAGAAUAUUCCCUGGGCUAAGGGUCUCUACAUGGACGCAGUGAAGCUGUUCCCUGAGCAUCUGCAGGAGUUUGUAGAUCUGAUGACGGAGAAGGAACUCCGACUAAGACUUCCUCUAGAAGAACUAGAUAUAUUGCUGGAGGACUGAAAACACACACAUAUCUCAUUCAAGAACAUGAGUUGGUCUUACCGGCGACAUGCCUAUGUCGGCACACUUGAUGGCAAGAAAAAGAAACAAACAUUCUGACACCCGGAUGCAUGCACACACAUUUAAAGAGUGUAUUAAUGAUUAUCCUUUGUACAUGGGUUUUAGUACCAGACACUGUUAAUAAAUGCAUUAUUCUAAUUCAUGUAAUGUGUGCUCUGUAAGUUUGUAAAUGCAUACCUUUUUAAUGCAUUCAUACUGAGGUUAAGGGACAGUGAAAUAUAUGUUGAAAGUUGACAUGACAUGUUUUAUAUUAGAAGUGA